AUGGCGACUGCGGCUCUCUGCUCCGCUCCCAGCCUUUCCGCAAGCCUCGCGCUCUCGCGGAGGGGAGAAAUUGCCGGAGCUCAGCAGUUGCCGGUCGCGUUGAGCAGCGCGGCCGUGAGAACUGGCGCGUUCGACGUUGCCUCGCUGCGGAAGCAGCGCGGUCACCAUGGCUUGAACGUCGCUCGCCAGCCAGUGCAGGCCAGAGCUGGCGAGAAGCCCUCCUCAUCCGCAGAGCCGUCCGAUGCUUCUCGCGUGGCAUCAACGGUGGCUGGCAAAGCCGUCGCUGCGGUGCUAGCUGCUAUUCAGGUGCUCGCGCCAGUGUCCGCCGCGUUCGUCCUCCUGCUGGCGCAGCCACCCGCCGCGGAAGCCAUCCUGCUCUCCCCGGACACCAAGGUUCCGCGCAAUGCUGACGUGGCGCUCCGCCGCGCCGUGCCAGUUGUCAACGAGGCCGUCAGGAAGAUCCAGGAUGAGUUGGAGGAGAUUUCGACCCUCAUGCGCAUCCCUCAGAAGAAGCCGUACAAGACCAUGCAGGCGAACGUGAAUAAGGCAGUCAAGUUGGCGGAGGCAAAUCAAGUAGCGAUUUUGGAUGCAGUGCCUGCUGCCGACAAGGAGAGGGCAGCAGCCAUUUACAACGACCUUGUCAAUUCCAAGAGCGGCUUCCCCGGCCUGCUAGCAGCGAUAGAGGACAAGGAUCCUGACCGCGUCUCCAUCCGCCUCGCCUCCUCCCUCAACGACGUCGCCAACCUCUCUCUGCUGCAGGCCACGGGCCUCCAGUUCCUCAUCCCCAACCAAUACGCUAGCCUCCCACGGCUAACAGGACGAGCAACGGUGGAGUUCGCUGUGCUCAAGGCGGAUGGCUCCUACUUCUCUCUUGAUAAUGGAGCCACCUCGGCGCUCACCGGCGUGGUGCAGGUGGUGCUGGAUGGUUACUCCGCUCCUCUCACAGCCGGAAACUUUGCUCAGCUGGUGUCCCGCCGCGCAUAUGACGGAGUGGCAGUGAAAGCCACCGACCUCGCCGUCCUAUCCGACGCUCGAGAUCCGUCCGCCGGCCGCGACGUGCCUCUUGAGAUCAUGCCAGCUGGCGAGUUCCAACCCAUCUACCGCACACCGUUGGACGUGCAGGACGGGGAGCUCCCAGUGCUGCCCAUGUCAGUGUUUGGAGCAAUGGUCAUGGCGCACUCUCCAGAAACUGACUCCUUCAGCCAUCCCUCACAGUUCUUCCUCUACAAAUACGACAAGAGACGGUCUGGGUUGGGUGGACUUGCCUUUGAUGAGGGCCAAUUCUCAGUUUUCGGCCCCCUCCAACCCGUCCACGCCUCUCCAUCCCCCUCCAACCCACUCGAACCCGCUCCAUCCCCCUCCACCGCUCUCCAUCCCCUCCAUCAGAUUGAGUUGGAGCAGUACCCCACGGGGCCUCACAUUGCCUCUCGCAUGCUCUAUGAGAUCCACACGCGCUUUGAUGACGUGGAGGGGCGUACAGUGCUCGACCUCGGCUGUGGGUGCGGCACCCUAGGGAUUGCCGCAGCCAUGCUGGGUGCAGAGUAUGUGGUGGGAGUGGAUGCGGACGACUCAGCCAUUGCCACAGCACAGGCCAACUGUCAAGAGUAUGAGGUGCGCCGUUCGUCCCUCUCCCUGUAA